AUGUUUGGAUAUGUCAAUGUUGAUAAUGAAUAUUCAUUAAUCAAAUCACCACCAUUGUUCUUUGAUUACGAAUCGAUCAAGUUCAUCAGAUACGAUGAUAGUGCCGAACAAAUCACUCAAUUCUUUUCAAGAGUUGAAUUGUUCCAUAUUAAAUCAGAUGAAUACGAUGUUAAAAUCAAUGUCUUCUCAAGAAAAUACAUUAAUGUUUCAAAUGAUGAUUCCUAUGAAGAUUUCUAUCGGUAUAUGAUUACAUCUGAUCUUUACUUCACAUACCUACCACCAAUGCCAAAUCUAAAGAAUAUCUUUCUGCAUGAAUACUAUGGAUACGAAAGAAGUCAUCGAUCUCCUCUGCCAUUGCCUCGGGUCAAUCGGAGAAUAAACAUAAAAAUCUGUUGUUUCUGUUGUUUCUAA